UUAGGUUUCCCACUAGUGUCUGCAACAGCUGUUGGGGCAGUUCCUGCUCCAGGACAAUCAGAUAUCGUGCAGAAGACUCCUUGAGGAGGAGUCAUUAUGGCCGGUCUGAUGGCUGCUAAUGUCACCGCUGGAAAUAACGGCAGCCUGGCCACUGGAGACAAGUGCCCAGAGGAGUCGGGUCCCUUCUCCUCCAUCAACAGACAUCUGGAAGCUUAUGCUAUGUGGUACUGGGGUAUUCACGGGUACCUGAGUGUGGUCAUAUGCGUGUUCGGCAUCACCACCAACGUCCUCAACAUCGUGAUCCUGACUCGCGGCGCCAUGAGGACGCCCAUCAACUGCAUCCUCACCGCCAUCGCCAUCUGCUGCCUCAUCACCAUGUCGUCCUACAUUCCCUUUGCUUUGCACUUCUACAUCAAGAGCACCCUGGUCCCCACCUCCACCAAGUACUCGUACGGGUGGACGGUGUACAUGGCCGUGCACAGCAACAUCAGCGUCACGACCCACGUGUCGUCCCUGUGGUUGGCGGUGUUCAUGGCCAUCAUGCGCUACGUCUACCUGCAGACCAAGAAGUGCUGCAACCUGCAAGCCACCUGCAUCAUCUCCGCCAUGAUCGGGGCCGGCGCCAGCCUCCUGAUGCUGCCCAACUACCUCAUGACCGGCGUCAGAGAGGUGCAGCUUGAGAACAUGACCCUGUACAAACUCAAUGAACCAGCCAUCGGCUCCACCAACCCAAGUCGUCUGGCUCUCACUGCUUUCUGGUUGUACGCCAUCGGCGGCAAGCUCAUCCCCUGCACGCUCAUCUCCGUCUUCAUCGGACUGCUGCUGAAGAAGCUUCACGAGAGCGCCGCGCGCCGGAAGCGGCUGUUCGCCUCGGCCAACAAGUCCAAAAAGAGUACCCAAUGCGGGAGGACCACCCGGCACCAGUGCACCACCACCAUGCUUCUUGUCAUCAUCGUCAUGUACAUCCUCACGGAGGUGCCGCAGACAUUCCUCAUCAUCAUGUCCGCGUUCUCCAAGCAGUUCUUCAUGAACGUCUACAUGCUGCUGGCCGACACGAUGGACAUGAUCGCCCUCAUCAACAACGCCAUGAACUUCGUGCUGUACUGCGCCAUGAGCCAGCAGUUCCGCGAGCACCUGGUGGUGCGCGUCUGCAACGGUCCGCCGCAAAGCACGCGCUUCGGCAAGAAGACCUACCAGAGCGUGGACCACAGCUGCAACAACACCCACACCCACGGGGACGGACUGUGCGCCACCACGGCCACCACAGAGAAGUCUAUUUCUCACGUGUAGGAUGGCGAUUGUCUCCUCAUUUGUCGGUAGUUGUUGGUGUUGUCAUCGUAAUGAUGAUGGCUGACCACAGAGAAAGAACGGGUGAAAGGUGGAGGAAGACGGAGGAUGUUUGCCUUCGUUUGUGGCUUCGUGCAUACUGAUCUUUGCUGACCUUUGUGUAGGAUGAUUAAAAAGAAAAAUCGUCAGUGUUGGAGCAUGGAUGACUUUAAAACACACUCUCCUCUUCCAGAUGACAAGAAGUACUUGAAUCUUGUUUAGUAAGUAAGACUGAUAUUUGCACAACUCACAUUUCCAAAAUGAAAGUUUCGCAGUCACUCGGCUUUGAUGGAGUGAAGGCCUUUGAUGAUAGUCAACCAGGAGGUGGAUGGUGUCUCGUUUUGUGACUCACCCGAGCUCACCAACUCUCUCUUUCUGUCAAUCUCAGUCUCUUUAUUGUGCAUUUCUCUACGAUCUCAGUCUAUGUUUCUAUUGUACAUCUUUUCAUCUGAUUAGUAUGAACAGACAACUCUUACGUCCCUUUCUUUUCGUCUUGUUCAUUGUGUUGCUGCGAACCAAUCCUCACAAAAUGUAUUCUCAUUUUUUAUUUCUCCCUUUGUCCCCUCCAACUUCCCUCUCCACCCACAUCAGCUUUCAACAAACUUCUGCAAUCAUGUCUGAUGCACGGCGUUCUUCAGCUGAGUGUUUGGCAGCUUCAAGAACGAUUGCAGUUCCUCCAGGACCAUGCAUUUUACGACAAUUGCAAUUCCUACCAGAACAUAUAUUUUAAGAACGACCGGAAUUCGUGCUAGAACAUGUAUUUCAAGCAUUCCAAGAAAAGUAAAUAGGGUUAUAAAUCAUCCAAGUAAAGUGACGAGAAAAAAAAAAGUCAAAACACUUUUUUCUCGUCUUCCGAACAGGUGUUCUCUACAGACCGAGAGAUUUUGGCCAACCCGGAUGAGGAGGAUAUCUUGCUGAAAGUAAUCGACCGUUGACGGCAGUGAAGCUUAUAAUAGAUUACAAACAUAAAACACAGGACGAGCCGUGGAUGCUGUGGUGGUUUUGUGUUGUCGCAUUUAACGGUGUUCGUUCUGAGAGGAUUAGGUCUAAUGAUGCUUGAAACUAUGUUUAUUGAAGGGACAGUUUGGAACAAUACGCCUGACAUUAACGAGGAGAGAAACUCAGCGCGUGGAGAUUAAGCAUUCAGAAGGAACUUGAGGUAGAAGUUUAUUGAAAUUGUAAAUUCCGUGUACAUUUGUUUCCAGUCUGUGUCUAAAGGACUUUGCGAAGUAAAGCUUGUGUGGAGCGCAGUGCAAUGAGCUGGAAAUUCAUAUCGAGGCUGUAUUCCAUUUACAAGCCUGUCCAGAUGAUAACCUCUGCCCUACGUAAACACCAGAGUCCGGCUACGGUCGCAUAGCAACAGGGCAUCACAGAACUAUGGCCGCCAUGAUGGUUCCACGUGCUGCUAUUCGCUCAACAGAUGUGAUUCGGUUGAGUGCCUGCAAGGGGGUUCAAAGGGUUAGGGUUAUCAAAGAUCUCAUAGGUCUCAGUCCUGACUGCAAGAGCAAAUGUCCACACAUCGUGUUUUGCUGAGUUCUGUGGACAACAUUGAGUGUCGUGUACAUCAGUGUACAGUUUACAACAGUGUAAAUAGUCUUCUGUCGUCGUCGUCGUCGUCGUCGUCGUCGUCCCGACCUUUGCCAGGGGUUUGUCAAAGCUUAUCAAAGCUUGUCAAAACAUGCUUAUUUUUUGAACUAAACUCUUAUGUAAAUGUUCGUCAAAGCAGUUCAACUUGCUAUUUGCUGGUUGGUUUCUGUAUAAAGAUUGAAAAAAGUCAGCUUGGGUAGACGAGACGAACCCUGCUCAUGCCUUAAGAUGCUCGACCUCCAUAGAGUCCGGUGAGGAACCCAGCGAAGUUCACUAGGAUUCUACUAUUUUCCCACAGUUAUAUUUUUUAGUUCUGCUUACAUUUUGUCACGGAUCACCUUCCCAGCUGUACACCCGUCGACAACAACUUGAGUUCGCUACUGAAAUAUUUAUUUCAUUUGAUGGCGGAAACUAGCCUAUAACAAGUGUAGCAAAUUUCAUUUGAAGUCUGGAAAAACAAAUCAGCGAAAAUUAGAGGCUUAUGCUGAGAGGAUGCAAUAAUGUACAUAUCAGAAAAUUAGAUCGUCAAUAAAACUCCACACUAACAUUACAGAAUGCAAGAUGUGUAAUCUUGCAAUAAUAAAACGAAGCUCAUUGCAUGUGGCACCACGCCCCAAGCUAUUUCUAUGAUAACAGUGUUACCUUCACUUCUGAAAACAUUUUCCAGUCUAGUAAUUUCGCAGUCGCAGUAGUUUGUGGGAAACAGAAACAUCACAUCAUGCCGACAUCAUAUUUUUGUAACUAAUGUUGUCGCCAUCAUGAAGACCUUUCCCCUUCACAGACGCCGUGCGACUAAAGAUGGCGCUUUUGCAGACGCAUUCCAUCUCUCCGGAGAAUAGCUUGCUCUCUGAAAUGCACCAAAGGUCCAAAAGGUCAACCGUCUGUGUUUUACGACCGAGUAGACUGAAUGAUUAAUUUAUCGGGUAUGAGGGACGAGGGUGUGGAGGGAGAGGGAAUCAGAUCUUCAGCAAAAAAAGAGACAUCACGGAAAAUAUGAGGUAAACAGUCUGUUAUUAUUACUGUUUGUGUUUCUCUACUGAAAUGUCCAUCUUGGCCAUGUGAUCACAAGGCUGCUGUUGCAGGAUGCACGUGAUGUCGACUUUCCUAAAAAAGUUUAUAACGCAAGAAUCUGGCGGCGGUGGAUGAGUUAUGGCAGAGAAUUGGUAAACAGAAGCCAGGAAAGUCGCAGACACCAUGAGGCGGGGGAGUGGCGGUGGAGGGCCGAGCACGUCUCUAGCCCGUGGCUGUGAAAAUGUGGGCAAUAACGAGCCCUGGCGGUGGUCUCACCACGCACUGAACACCACUCACCACUCACCCACCACAGUCCGCGCCUGCAUCUGAGGGCGCACGAGGCUGUGUCAUCACGAGCAUCCCUGCCGCAUGCUUUGUCCUCCAGCAACAGCAGUUCCUGUCCUUCUGUAAACCUAUCGUCUCCUGUCCUCCUGUCCUCUAUGUCGUUUCCUGUCACACCCACGGGCAUAGUGCAUUUCGUGACCUCACCAGGAAUAGAUUUUUUUUUUAAAAGACGCGUGCGUCGGUUACAGGCAGGUUCACUUGCCCUACGGAACUUUGUCGCCCAUAGUAACCAUCUGAAGAAGGCAGAACCAUGCCAUCGAAGUCAAAAAAUAACAAAAUAAUAAAAACGCAGAAUGUCAAAAAAAAAAACCCAAAAAAACCAAAACCAAACAAAACAAAAACAAAACAAAACAAAAAACAAAAAAACAAAACAAAACAAAACAAAAAAACAACAACCAGUAAAAUGAUAAUAAAUAAAAAAUUCAAAUGUUACUGUGGCUGCUCUAUUACUCGCAUUUUCAGAGUAUUACACCUGGAUGACAUUUCAUUGCCUGCACUCACAUCUUAAAAGAUUUAUUAUGCGACUGAUGUUAAUAAUUAACUUGUCUUUACCUAAGUGUGUUUUAAAUUAUUUUGAGAGCAUGACCUAUGACCCUUACUGUAGAAUGACAAGUGCGUCACCGCUGCACUAACCGAACACUAACCGAAGACUUGAUGACGACAGUUACAUCUUAUACCUGUCAUCAAAACAAAAACAAGAACAUAAAAAUGCCAGAGUCACAAUUCCACAGUGUGUCUGUUGUCUGUCCUGUUUAAAGCUCUUUUAGCAGGAACCAUGCAUUCCUCUCACAUUUCUUAAUGUCCAACUCGCGAAAGGCUCCACAUACCAAAACCGCCCCAAGAACCGCGUUGUUUUCCGCCCUUUGAUGUUCUAACGACUAAAAGCUGUAUGUGAGGUGCAACAACACUACAGUGUUUACCAACCCUCUCGGGACCUCGUUUUCACGGCGCAGUAAUUUCUGACUCCGUCACAGUGUGAUCCAACCGCCAGCAGUUACGUCGGUAAACACCGUUAACUCUUGAAAUAGAAGCUUGAAGCCCAUCAGUAGCCAGCCUCCCCCUCAUCCCUACCCCGCCCCCCUUACACAAGCUAAAGAGGUGAAUUACGUCACAAUAAACUAAUUACACCACCCGGUAAAUUGAAUUUCGCUCCAGCCUUCAAGCGACAGCAAGGCGCUGGGGCGAGUAUCACGUGCUUUCAUUGGGCGGUGGGCGGUGUGCGUGGUGACCAGGCUAGCAACUAGCCGCCAUCUUUGUCGGCACGAUAAUUGAUGGAGAGACAAGCAGGCGUAUCAAAUCUCGCGUGUCUUUGUGUAGCCUCUCGGUGUUUCACGCACUAGUCGCUGUUUCAUUGUUGUUGUUGUUGUUGUUGUUGUUGUUGUUGUUGUUGUUGUUGUUGUUGUUUUAACUUGAUUCAACUGCUGUCAUGACUAACCUGAUAUACAUUGUCGCAUCCUUUCGUCAUCGCCAUUCCUGGAUGACAACACUCACCUUCUUCCAUCCUUUUAAUGAAUCAGUAUUUUACAAACAUCUGUUACCCAAGGAUUUAGAAAAUUAAAAAAAAAACCGAAGUCUACAUUCGUUGGAUCAAUGGCGGCUGUCCUAUUCUCCCUGGUGAGCGGCUUUCCACAAGUUGUUUAAAACUUUCCGAUGAACUGUAGCAGCGAGGAGAUUCGGUGAGAUGAGUAGACGAUAUCUCGACGAGGUUUGGCACUCCAGACCCACCUACCAUCUCCCUCGUGAUGUUCAAGCCAGACAUCAACCACUUUGCCUGGCCACCAACCCCACAGCUGUGUUGUACGCAGCGAACUGCCAGUGAGACAGGAAGUCAGAAAUAUAUACCUGGGGCGGGCUGCAUGAGUAGACUUAAGUCAGUCACAUUGGCAACGGUGUGGGUGCAUGUGCGAGGGGGUUAUGGGUGUGGGAGGGCAUGUGAGGAACUCAGUGUGAGCAAGUGCGUUGGUGUCGGACAAGAAGAACUCGGUUUCGGUCACCUCACAGAAUAACAUCAACUACAACGCAAAACACAAAGAAAGAUUUAUAAAAUACUGAUGGUGAGAAAUACAGAAAAAUAAAGACAAUUUUUCUCAAAAGAAUUUAAUGGCGAUGCACAUGUCGCCAGUGCAAUGAGAAUCACUGGAUGCCGCAUCCACUUAUGGUCUGUAUACCAUCUAAAUGCAGGGUUAACUGUUUGCUCAGAGAAUGCAGGUUUCCAUCUCGUCAUCUCCGUGUCUAUGGGGAAAUCACAACUAGGUGGCAGCACCUUUGUCUCCAAUCAAUAUAUCAGAUAAAGGUUUUCUUUGACACGCAAAUUUCCCAUUGACUAGAAGAAGCUCUGAAUUCCGAAAAUAGUUCAAGGGUUGGAAUCAUUGCGCGCAGCUCGUGUCAAAUUAUGUGGUGAGAAGAAUUCACAAGCACGGCGAUAAAACAUCAUCACAAACAUGCUUGAUGACAGACAUUUGUCCGAGCUAAAGAUAUGGAAACAGAAGACUAGGCAAUCCUGUUGAAUGUCCCGGGAUGUAUGCAGGAUCAGAGAACUGAAAGAUGAAAGGCGGGGAGGAGGACAAACGAGCAUUUAGCGUGAAUCACGCUCGUGAUGUUGAUUGUAAUCACGUGAAUACUUGAAACUUUCAUGUCAACAAACUAGUUUGACUAUGUCAAUGUCUAGUGAUACUCAUUGGAUGACCUGGCUUUUUCGAUGAAAGAUUUUAAUGUACUCUACGAACUUUUGAUAACUGGUUAGAAAAAAAAACCAAACUCGUGGACAUGAUCAAUGAUCGCUCGAGAAUUAGGAACGGCCUGGAAACACAUGAAAUGUAUUUAUAUGAACAAAUGUGUUCGAAGUGAUCCAGCUGCAGAAAAUGGGCAGCGAGGUGGUCAAAAAGGUCAAAAAUUAAACAAUUCCAAUCACUCAAAAUUUUCCCAGGACGUUCUUCGGUUUCUGGGAGGGGGAGCAAUGCUGCCCGAAAUUUGAUGAUGGUGGUGGUGGUGGUGUUGGUGGUGGAGGUUGGUGGUGGAAGAAAAGAGCGAGAUGAAAUGUCACAGAACUACAUUAAGACCAGCUGAGUGCUGUUCAGUUCUAUAAACUGCCGUUAAAUGAGCUGAACAUUGUGCAUUACUAUCUGUAAUAUGAUAAUGUAUUUUGUCAGUGACAUGAUAACUGAAGGAACUCAACUGGUCCUGAUAUAAAAUUAUUCUGAUUCUGAAUUAACAUUUUUCUACACGUGAAUUAAGGUGGUUAUUGAGAUACUGCUGUACAUAUUAACAACUAUUUGCUCAUAAUUAAGAUGAACUACCGGACUAAUGCGAAUUGUUGUCUCGUGCCAUGGUGCAGUCGGUCAUGUCACGUGAGAAAUCGUUCCUGGAGUUAUUUACCUUGUGAGGACAGGUGUUGUCUCUGUUUCUUGUGUCUGUUGAUGCUGUCAAGUGACUGUCAAUGUUGGUGUCGCUGUUGUUGUGAGUUUGUGUCCACCUCACGUGGCGUGGUCACAUGUCGUGGCUACAGGGCCUGUCUGCCACACCUGUGGUGGUCAGACCACGUGAUCUGUGGACCACGAGGACAACUAGCUGCCUUUUCUUCUUUUCUACGCUGAUCACAAGUCGGAGGGUGCGGGUUAGCACUGCACGAAAGUAAGAGAAUGUGUGUGUGUGUGGUCUGUAAAAUAGUGUAAUUUGUAUAAGAAUCGUUGUGUGUGUACGUGUGGGUUUGUUUGUUUGUGUGUGUGUGUGUGCGCGUGUGGUGUAAUAUAGUGUAAUUUUCUGUAAGGAUUGUGUGUGUGUGUGUGUGUGUUUUGUAGUAUAGUGUAGUGAAGUGGAGUGUUGGUACGUGGUUAACAGGUCUUAGCAUUUAUUUUGUUUCCUGCACAUGCUAAUGUUCUUGUGAAAAUGUUUGUAUGGAUUCACACUGAUAAACUUGCACUUACUAACACGUACCCACACACCCACCUAUGCACUCGCACACUGCUCGAAAAAAUACACAGAGUGACAGCAAUUUGUUGAUAUGUUUAUGUUUAUUUUGAUUUGGUUUACAUGUGAUAUUACAUGUUAUUAUUGGUUGGAAAUCACAUUAAAAUGUUCACGAUUCCGUCUUA